AUGGAGAGUUGUUAUUCUCAGCAGAGGAGCUUUCUUAUUUCUCUCUUUCUUUUAAAUGUAUUAAUAUAUUGGGGAGGAUAUUGGAAGGUGAGUGGUUGCUUCGAUUAUGAGAGAAAAGCUCUCACCACCAUCCGGAAGUCUCUCAACGAUUCCUUCAAUCUUCUCUCUUCAUGGGAUGAUGAUGCCUCUGACUGCUGCAAAUGGAGAGGAAUUACCUGCCACAACAUAACUGGGUUUGUUCUUAAACUCGACCUCCAUUCUACUUACUACAGGCUAGGUGGCAGAAUUGAUCCAGCUCUGGUUCAACUGAAGCAUCUUCAGUUGUUGGACUUGAGUUAUAAUGCUUUUAAUGGCGCACCAAUUCCAGAUUUCCUGGGUUCAAUGAAGGAGUUGAGGCAUUUGAACUUGUCAGAUGCAGGGUUCACUUUCUUCACGUUCUUUGAGUGCCAAAAACUACUUUGGUGGUUGGCAAGCCUGCGUUCUCUCAAGUACCUCGACAUGUCUUAUGUGAACCUUUCCAUGGCAAGCCAUGAUUGGGUGAACGUAAUGAACAUGUCUCCUUCCCUUGUUGAGUUGUACCUAUGGAAAUGUCGUCUUUCAUAUAUUUCUCCAACUCUUCCUUCUGUUAAUUUCACACAUCUCCGUGUCCUUGAUCUCCGUUUUAACGACUUCAACUCUACCAUUCCAAACUGGAUAGCUAAUAUUGGUAGCCUGGUGUCUUUAAGUCUCUCACUCAACAAGUUUCAUGGUCAGAUACCUUAUCAAAUUACACAACUUCAUAACUUGGAAGAGUUGUGGUUGGGAUCAACUGAUGAUAACCUGAGGGUUGAUUUGUCAGAGUUCCUUGAAGGCAGCUGGAGGAAGCUGAAGAUACUUUAUCUAUCUUUCAGUCAGCUGCAUGGAGGAAUCCCCAACUCUAUUGGGAAUAUUACCUCACUGGUGGAUCUUUAUUUAUCAUUUGGCGAGAAUAUAACAGGUAGCAUUCCAAGAGCCAUAACUAAGCUUAUCAAUUUAGAGUGCCUGUUUUUGUAUGGAUACAAAAUGCAUGCAGCAAUUCCUGAUUGGUUACAUGAGCUCAAAAAUCUUAAACGCCUUACUCUCAUUGAUUGCAUGCUGACAGGCCCAAUCCCUGCAGCUCGUCUUGGAGGAUUGUCUUCCUUAGAAGAACUAGAUCUCUCAUGGAAUCAGUUGAAUGGGAAUAUACCUGCAGCUCUUGGAGGAUUGUCUUCCUUACAAAGGUUAAUUCUCAGUGGGAAUCAGUUCAAUGGGACAAUCCCAACAACUUUAGGACAACUUUCUAACUUGUCUUUGCUUGACCUCUCUUCCAACUCCUCGACAGGAAAGGUGUCUGAAAGUGUUUUUGAAAACCUCAAGCAGUUAACGUCCUUGGAUUUGUCUUACAAUUCUUUGGUUUUUGAUACACACUCUGAUUGGGCCCCUCCAUUUCAGCUCUCCCUUAUUUACUUAGGAUCAUGUCAUUUAGGUCCUCAAUUUCCUCUCUGGCUACGAACACAAAAAUUAGUACAUGCGUUGGAUCUCUCUAAUACAGCCAUCUCUGGCAUCAUCCCUACCUGGUUUUGGGAUUUAACACCCCAACUUUCUGUGCUGGGCCUUUCAAAUAACCAGAUUUUUGGCCAAUUGCCUAACCCUUUAAUAAUGCUGCCUCAAGCCUACGUUGUUCUGAGUUCGAAUAAUUUCAGUGGUCCUAUACCCUGCAUAUUGAAUGGAGCCAGAGUACUUGAUCUCUCCAACAAUCAAUUUUCUGGUCCAAUCCCACCAAAUUGUGUCGAAGGAAUGAAUUCCUUGACUGUCCUUGACCUUUCCCAAAACAAUAUAGGUGGUAUCAUUCCAUUCGAUUUGGGUAAUUACAUAGCACUUGAGGCACUUGAUUUGAGCAAGAACAGGUUAUUGGGAGGAAUACCCACAUCUUUGGGUCUAUUACAUCAACUCCAAACAAUGCACCUAGACGGCAAUAACCUAUCGGGAGAAGUCACUUCAUCUUUGAAGAAAUGUACUAGUCUGGAGACUCUCGACCUUGGACACAACAAUUUCUCAGGUCCUAUUCCCACUUGGAUUGGCGAAAGCUUUCCAUCUUUAAGAAUUCUGAGUUUACCAUCAAAUAUGUUUACUGGCAACAUCCCACCGCAACUAUUUAACAUAACUUCUCUUCAGGUCCUUGAUGUGGCACAAAAUUGCUUAUCUGGUUCAAUUCCCCAAAGUUUUGAAAAUCUCAUGGCCAUGAAGAAUGAGCAGAAGAUAAACCAGGUUCUUUCGUAUGGAGGGUUGGGAUCUUCGUAUUACAAGGAAAACUUGCUUGUGUCAGUGAAGGGGCAAAUGCUUGAAUACACAAGAACAGUUUCGUUGGUUACAUGCAUGAACCUUUCAAGAAAUAACUUAUCUGGAGAGAUCCCCGAAGGACUCACAGGACUUUUGAGAUUGCCUGUUUUAAACUUAUCUGGAAAUCAUUUAACCGGAAAGAUUUCAGACAAGAUUGGUAAAUUGGCAUUGCUAGAGUCUCUUGAUUUCUCUGAAAAUCAGCUUUCGAGUUCAAUUCCUCUGAGCAUGUCAAAUUUAACUUUUCUAAGUCACUUGAACUUGUCGUAUAACAACUCUUCGGGAAGAAUUCCAAUGGGAAAUCAACUCCAGACACUUGAAGAUCCAUCUAUUUAUAUCGGCAACAAUAAACUCUGUGGACCUCCUCUUACAGAAAAGUGUGGCAGUGAUGAGAUGUCUCAAGGUCAAAUGCCUGUCAGUGGUGAUGUAGAAAAAGAUGAGGAAGAGUAUGAAAUCCGUUGGUUUUACGCUGCGCUGGUACCAGGAUUUGCAGUUGGAUUUUGGGCAUUCUGUGGUAUUUUAAUGCUCAAAAAGUCUUGGAGAAUUGCCUAUUACCGCUUCUUUGAUCAGAUGAAAGAUAGACUUUUUAGUUAUUGUAGAUUUACAGGAUGUUAG